UGGCAGCAUCAAUUCCAGCAUCCUCAGAGAGAGCUCUCAGCAUGAAGCCCCUUCUGCUGCUGGCGUUGAUUGUGGUCUCUGGCUUGCCUCAAAUCUAUGGCAGUUUGACACAAUUCGCAGAGAUGAUCAAGAGCAAGACAGGAAAGAAUGCACUUGCAAGUUAUGGUGCCUACGGCUGUCACUGUGGCGUGGAUGGCAAAGGAACCCCCAAGGAUGCAACAGAUCGGUGCUGUCUCAAGCAUGAUUGUUGCUACAAACGUCUGGUGAAUCGUAAGUGCGGGACAAAACUUCUGAAGUAUGAUUUUACCAUAAAAGGGAGCUCAAUCACCUGCAAAGCAAACCAGGGAUCCUGUCAGAAACAGCUGUGUGAAUGUGAUAAAGCUGCUGCCUCCUGUUUUGCACAAAACCUGAAAAGCUACAAUAAAAAGUACCAGUUCUAUCCCAAUUUGAUGUGCCAUGGGAAGGCCCCCAGUUGUUGAGAGGCCCAAUAUCUGGGAUCCCUUGCCACCCAGUGAGUCCCCCACUCCCACUACUUUUGUCCCUCCCCCAACCUAAAUCUCCCAGCUCCAUCCCCUGUUCCCCUCUAUGUCCACUUUCGGGUUAACAGCAGCAGCUACACCAGUAGGUGAGGUCUC